CUUCCUCUUGAAAUUUCAGACAGCAGUAUAAACUUCUCAACGACAAUUUUCUUGUUGCAUGAAACUCAAGAAGCAUUUAAUGCAGCAUUUAACAAACAAACAGGUAUUUGCUGAUCAUGAUAAGCACUUGCCUGUGAAAUACCCAGGAUCCAAGAAAUACCCAAGCCCAGGUUCAGCUGGAGAUGUCAGAACUGCACAAAGAUUCUCCUCAUGGUAUCAUGGAUAAUUUUCUAUGUAAAAAACUGAGGGUUUGUGUGCAGGUGUGUGCACACCGAGCUGUUUUCACUCCUUCUCUUCCUCUCUCCCUACUCCUCCCAUCCCCUGACACACAUCCUGCUGACAGACACACCUUUUUCCCCAGAAAAUCUUUAUGCAUUUGUGGGCUAGUCUCUAAUGGACCUGCUUUGACAGAAUCCAGGUGUUGCAUAAAGAAAAGAUAAAAACACCUAAAAGGUUCCUAUAAGUUUGCCUGAUUUUUAAAGGGUUUUUAUAGUCUGCAGCACCACUAUUGCUACUAAGGAUUUAACAACUUGUUUCGUAGUCUCACACUGAAAAUAAUUAUCUCAGCUUCUUUCUGUCACUUUUAAGCUUCAGUGUCAUUACAAUUAAGGCGUGAGUGACACCUGCAAGCAUCUUGUUUGUGCGUUAGCACUGGGAGCGCCUGCCCACAGAGUGGGACAGCACCCUGGAUCCUCAGAGAGCAGCAGAGCAGGGCACUGAUGGGAGCCUGCACUGGGCUGUUCCUGGGUGAUGAGUGUGCAGCAGUAGCUGGAAGUUAAAAUAAUUCCAAAUAACACCUUUAUUCCAUUCCAGUGGAAGACAUACAUGCAUAAGUGGCAGAGGUAGGGGAAUACAUUUAAAUAUCAUAGGCUGUAGAUAAUAGGUGCUGUGUGACGAUGUGGGAGCUGUCAGGAGAGUCCAGCAGAGGUUCAUCCCAGUCUGUGCACUGCCAGUUUGGCUUGUUCCUGUGUCCUGGUCCCUUGGGAGUUUUUGAAGAUCACAUAUCAGUGCAUGUCACUAUUAUGUCACUGUCAGCCUCCCUUCUGAACAAGCCAUCACAUCUGGAACGAGCUGAGAUCUCAAGAGGAGAUCUGAGCCCAGCUAACAGGACACCCUUCUUACACAGACAGCAUGGAAGGGGAUUGUGGCAAGUUCUGCUCUCUUCAAAGGAAGAAAGGUUGUUGGCAAACUUCAGGAACAGUCAGGAACUUCAGGAAGGCUUCAGGCUUCCAUUCCAAAUGCCCCUGCUAUUUGGGCGUGUGAGUGGAAGACAGAGACAGAAAAUGAGAAGUGUCUUGGACAAUAUGUAAGGCUCGUAAGAGAUCUUGGCCAGAUAUUUUUCCAUGUAGGCCUGACCAUUCUCUGUCAGGUGGUUCUAGUCCUGAAAAGUGCUGCUGUGAGUCAGUCCACACCAGUGCCCCAGGUCUCUCCCUAGUGUGGGUCACAAAAAAAGCACAGCUGUAGAAAACCCCUUGAAUUCCUGUAUCUAGGAUAGCAGGAGUGGGGGUUGCUGAUGGAAUUUCUUGCUUAAUUAUUCAAACCCGGGAUGUGAUAAGAGAUAGAAUAGCCCAGACUUCUCAGGAUACUGAAUCAGAGAAUCAGAAUAAUUUAGGUUGAGAAAGACCUGUAAGAUCAUCAAGUCCACUGAGGCGGUCCCAGUGAGUCAUGGCCAUGUGGUUGCAGCAUGGUGCUUUGGGGAUAUGUUAGAGAAGAGCUGUGCUCAGAGAGAAGAUAGGAGCAGACAGACUAUUAUAGGUACUAAUUUCCCAUCCUGAACAAAAGCACAGUUAAUAAUAGGUGACAUUUCAUAAAAUUCAAGUAUAGCUGAGGGUUCACAUAGAGUUGGUGUGAAAGAAAACAUUGGAAAGAGAAAGAGAAAGGAGUUUACUGAAGAGAAUUUGCCUGUUACCAAAUAUGUCCUUCGCUGUUCAGUGCUGAAACUCUUAGUCCCAUAUAUUCAUUGCUUUAACAGUUACUGAGGUUAGGGAAAAAAUUUGGGUAUUACUGGAAAAGGAUGUCAUGAAUGAUAUGACUGGACCAGUCUGCAAAGGAUGAUUCUGAUACACCUUCUUUUGGGAACAUGAAACAAUAUACUAAUGUGGUUCAUAGCUUCAGUUUGCUGAAGUCCAAGAGAGUCUUGCUAUCCAUGGAGUUUUAAGCUCCUGCCUGUGCAGGCCCUACAUUUACAGCCACCAUUCAAGCCCUGAAACACUGCUUGGGUCAGAUGCAUUGUGCUUGACUGACUGCAUGUCCUGACUAGUGUUAAUAUUUCUCAUUAAUUUUGCCCUCAUUCUCAACCUUUGUCCAUAAUCUUUAAUCCAAAGGUCCAGUAUGUAUCAUUCAUCUGUUUUACAAACAAAGCACACCAGAGGCCUGCAAGGCAACUUAGGCAGAGCUGGGAAUAAACACCAGAAGCUGACACAACAGCCACAACUUGUUCUUCCUGACAUACUGUCUGCCAGCAUAAAUGGACUGCUGUUCUUUCUCUUUCAACAGUAACUAACCUUCCUGUCAAAGGAAAAUUGCUGUGUAUCCAAGGAUAGGGUGAAAACUUAAAUUUAUUCUGCAAAUUGUUUGUGUGACAUUUAACAGUAUUUAAAAGUAUGGAUAGGAGAGUGUGUCUUAACAUCAAAAAACUCUAAUAAAAUUCUAAAACAUUUUAAAUUUAGGGAUUAGUCUUAUCACUUUAAAAUCACAGUUGGGCUUUGCAAGCUAUAAAACUACAGUCCCUGUUAAGAUUAAUAUAAUUAGUGAAGAGAGUGUCAAAGUAGCAGUCUAAAUUAUAGCCAGUUAAAAACUGUUUGUUCUAACAACACCAUUUAUAAGAAACAUGAAUAAAACAUGUCUGUAUAAGAAAUGGGUUGAGCAAGCUCCAAUUCUGGAUGUUCCAAACAUGAUCCAAACCAGAAAACAGAACAUUUGGCUACUGAACCCUGAGCCCAGCCAACUAAAAUGAUGAAUAAGGUGUGCAUUGUGUUCAUCAAAUUUUACAGGUUGUUUCAUAAAAGUAUGUGAAUUAGUCUGUCUCUUUCUUAACACAAAGUGGAGCCACCUGCAAAGCAUAAGCAAAAUUUACUUUCCUUGAAGUUAAGUGGAAGAUUUUUGGGCAUAAAUUGGUUUUGCCAGUAGCAUGGUCAGAGAUGUAUUAUGAAAAAUAAUAGAGCACCAGCUGAAAGCAAUGAUAGAUAUUUUAUCACAAGUCACAAAUAUGGUGACCUGUUGUCACUAUAGUGUAUCAUGCAAAUAUGGCUGGGGCAGAGACAAUAGUUUGGCCAUUGUUUUGCAAUUACUACAAUGGAGGGAAGGGAAAAAAGCAGCUCCAAAACAACCAAUUUAGGGAAUUAAAGAAAAAGUCCCUGUAAGUAUUGCUCAUGGAGUAUUUAAAAUUAAGAAUAGUGUUUUGCAAGAAGGAGUUAUGCUGUUCCUAGAACUUUAGCAAUACAACAGAAAGAAAAGCAGCUAAAUGCUAAAGUUCUUAUAAUUUUAAAUAUAUUAAGAAACUCUUAACAAGUACCCAGACUGUUAGGAAUAAAGAUUAUCCAAGCUUCAGAUGUUAGGUUGCAAGGAAACAAGAUGAGGACAUGAGGACUGAAUGAGGAAAAAAAUGAAUGAAAAAUGAAUCCUCAAGCCCCACUGGUCAGAUCAAGGCUGGGGGCAAAGACAGCUACUCGAGCUCCACCCCCAGAGGAAAUAUUGCAAACAGAGUUUAAAGAAGUGAAAGGCACCAAAGGAAUUCAUUCCUUGAGCCAGCAGAAGUACAGGAGUCCUUUCAGAGGAAGCUACAGAGGACACACUGAUCAGAUAUGGGCCAAGCUGCAACGCAGCCAAGUACAGACUGGCACCUGAAAGAAAAUGCAAGAGAACACCACACAAGUAAAUUUUCCAGUGAAGAACUGAUUGUGAGGAGAGGACAGGCUUUCACUCUCACCUUCAAUGGAACAGAACGGCCUGAGCAAAACUUAAUAUUCAUUGCAGAAACAGGUCCAAAACCCUCAAAGACCACCAGGACCCUGGCCACGUUUGAUAUCUCCAGCACAGCGAGCAAGGAGGGCUGGAGUGCAGUUCUGCAGUCCAGCAGCUCCAACUCUGUGAGCAUCUCCAUUUCCAGCCCACACAAUGCUGUCAUUGGACGUUACAGGCUGAGUGUUCAAAGUGGCAGCUCCUCUCCACAAAGUCUUGGCACUUUUGUUUUGCUUUUUAACCCUUGGUCUUCAGGUGAUGAUGUGUUCAUGCCUAACAAGGCUGAGUGUGAGGAAUAUGUGCUAGAAGAGUUUGGCAUCAUUUUUGCAGGCAAUAAAAAUCAUAUCAGCAGCUUUGGAUGGAACUUUGGCCAGUUUCAAGGAGACAUCCUCAACAUUUGCCUGUCCAUAAUGGAUCGCAGCCUGUACUACCGUCAGGAUCCUAUCACGGACGUGUCUCACCGCCACGACCCCAGGUACCUGGGCCGUGUUCUCAGUGCCAUGGUCAACGCCAAUGAUGACCAAGGGGUGGUGCUAGGAAACUGGAGUGGAAAAUAUGAGGGUGGUAAAAAUCCCAGCAGCUGGACAGGAAGUGGUGAAAUCCUGCAAAGCUGGAAGAAAUCGGGAUUCAAACCUGUUAAAUAUGGACAAUGUUGGGUUUUUGCAGCAGUACUGACUACAGUGCUUAGAUGUCUGGGGAUUCCCACUCGUACAAUUACAAACUUCAGUUCUGCCCAUGAUGCAGAUGGAAAUCUGCGUGUGGAUGAGUUUUAUGAUGCAGAUGGAAAUCAUUUGGAGAGGGGAGCUGACAGCGUGUGGAAUUUCCAUGUCUGGAAUGAAAGCUGGUUUAUACGCAACGACUUGGGCCCCUCAUACAGUGGAUGGCAAGUUCUGGAUGCAACUCCCCAAGAAGAAAGUGGAGGAAUUUAUCAGUGUGGUCCUGCCUCACGGCAUGCCAUCAAAGAAGGAGAAGUCGAGCUGGACUACGAUGGCCCAUUUGUGUUUGCAGAAGUGAAUGCUGACUGUAUGUACUGGAAUUAUGACUCUGCAACUGGAAAGAAAACUUUGAUAUUCUCUAAGUCUACAGAAAUUGGUGCCUCCAUCAGUACAAAGGCAGUUGGUAGAGAUGCUCGUGUAGAUGUCACCAGGGAUUAUAAAUAUGAGGAAGGCUCUGCAAAAGAAAGAGAAAUUUUUAAAAAAGCCCGUAAGAAGCUAGGACUUGAGGAUAAAUUUGAUCCUACAGCACCAAAACAGGAGGAAGUUGAACAGAAGCCUGACAUCUCAGGAAAAUUCAAGGUGGCUGGCUCUUUAGAAGUUGGCAAAGACCUCAACCUACUUCUGGUUCUUGAAAAUUUGCAGUCUGAUGCUAAGACUGUAAAUGUAAAUAUGACUGCAUGGAGUACUCUGUAUACCAGAAGACGAGUUAAUCAGAUCUGGAAGGACUCCAUAUCUGUCACUCUGGCCCCAAAGGAAGAAAAACAAUUUCCCAUUAAGAUAAAGUAUCCUGAAUACCAGCAGCAGUUAACUACAGACAAAACAAUCCAGGUCACAGCAUUAUGUCAUGUAAAAGAUGGCAUUCAAGUGCUUGUGAAAAGAAACAUCAUCCUGGACAAUCCUGACAUUGACAUACAGGUGCUUGGUGAAGCAAAAGUGAAUAAAGAGGUGUUAGUGGAGGUGGCGUUUACCAAUCCCAUCAAUGAGGAGGUGAAGGACUGCGUGCUGCAGGUGGAGGGCAGUGACCUGCUCCAAGGGAUCCUGGAGCUACGCAUACCACCACUGAAAGCCAGUGAGAAAUCCAGUACCAAGUUUAAACUUAUCCCUUCUGAGGCGGGUCCCAAACAUCUACUUGUUAAUUUCUCCUGUGAUAAAUUUGCAGAUAUUAAGACCUUUAAAAUGGUAAAUGUGAUUAACUAACAUGAAGAUAUACAAGGAGUGGUCUGUGUGUGUAUAAACUGAACAAAAUAUGAUAACAAAUCUUGUAUAGAAAACAAUGAGAUGAUCAGCAAAACAAAUCUUCACUUCCUCUGAUAAAGAGUCACCGACACCAUAUAAUUGCAAUUUUACAUUGUAAUUUUAAAUAAACUGAGGAAUGGUUGAUUGUUCA